GAGAGAUUACUUUUUAUUAUUUGAUUAGAGGUUACAUACUUAAUACCGAAAAUGUCAGCACAUAGGAACACCAAACGUCAGAUGCCUGCUGAGUUGACUGCAGUCGGACUUUCACUCAGGUACAACUAUGUACUUGUUAUGUGGUUUGAAACGAGAUUACUCGUUUGCUCGAUUGUCCCACCAAUUACUUCCCGUUUAUUCCCUUCAAAAUAAAAUAUGCCAGCAUUAACGAGAGUGGACAAAAGUCUUCAAUGUUGACAUUCGUGAUGAAUUGUAUUGUUGCGGGUAUUCGUAUUGAUAGUUAGAUAAAUGAGUAUAUGAGGAAUCCAGGUAGUACUUUGGUUGUGAUAACUGGACCCAGAAUUGAUCAUUUAGCUCAUCUCUGUGGCCGUCACAACAAUGAUGGUAUUCACGAUUACGUCAUUGAUAAAGGCACUUGUGAAAACAUAGGACUAUAUUAUGUGGUAUUCGGUCAUUAUCAGGUAGUUAUAUCCUCCAGUCUCCUCCUCAUUGUUGUUGUUGUGCAGUGGUCCCUGAAUGCACCCUUCCGGUGACGUAACGACGCUGGUCUCGAGUCGGCUGUGGCUCCCACUGGUCGCUACAGGGACGAUAUGUAAAGCAGGAGGCCAUGGCUUGGAGGUCGAAGACGCGCAACCUGCAGGUGGUCGACACGGAGCUGAGUGCCGACGCGGUGGAGUGGUGUCCCGUUCCGUCCAGCCACGGCGUCCUGGCCUGCGGCACCUACCAGCUCCAGACAGCGAAGAGCGGGGAGGACGAUGCCCCGCCCAGCCGCACUGGUCGCUUGUACCUUUUUGAGUUUCGGCGGGAGGGAUCCGUGCACCCUCCUCUCACUGAGCUGCAGCGCAUUGACACAGCAGCCAUUUUAGAUUUGAAAUGGUGCCAUGUUCCGUUCCCGGGGGGGGCCGUGCUGGGAAUAGCCGCUGCCACCGGGGAGCUGCAGCUGCACACGCUGUCAGACAGCCAGCAGGAAGGCGGCCGCAGGCUGCACCCUCUGUGCAGUGUGGAGGUGGGAGCUGAGCGGCUGGCUCUGUCCUUGGACUGGUCCACUGGAAGAAUGGACAGCAGUGAUGUGCGGCUGGUGUGCAGUGACUCUGCAGGCUGCCUCAGUGUGCUGUCCUUGGCUGAAGGCGCUCUGGCGUCUCUGUCCCACUGGAAGGCCCAUGACUUUGAGGCCUGGAUAUCAGCCUUCUCCUACUGGGACACUCAGCUGGUUUACUCUGGCGGUGACGAUUGUAAACUCCGGGGCUGGGACCUGCGGGCUGCCCCCUCCCGCCCCACUUUCACCAGUAAAAGACACUCUAUGGGCGUGUGCAGUAUACACAGCAGCCCCCACCGGGAGCACAUCCUGGCUACGGGCAGCUAUGACGAGCAGGUCCUGCUGUGGGACGGCAGGAACAUGCAGCGGCCUCUCGGUGGGACUCCGGCGGGUGGAGGAGUGUGGAGGCUCAAGUGGCAUCCGACCGAUCCGCACCUGCUGCUGGCAGCCUGCAUGCACAACGACUUCCACAUCCUUCACUGCCAGCAGGCUCUAGAGGGCGUGGAGGAGCGAGUCCGGUCGUAGCAUCCUACACCCUCCACAGCUCCCUGGCGUACGGAGCCGACUGGUCCCGGCUGGCUGUGGAGGAAGCGGCCCCCCGCUCCCCCGUGGCGGCAGACCCAAAGGAAAGCCUUGCUGAGAGCGGGAGUCACUUGAGGAUUCAGUACGAGUCUCCCACUACCAGCUUUGACACUUCCCUGGAGGAUGACGCAGGGCGAUACAUCCCAGAGGGCAGGGCAGCGCCCCCUGUCACCACCACUGCGGGCGCUGCCCUGCACCCGAAUGCAGGCGCCCCAUCGGCAUCUUAUGUGUUGGCGAGCUGCUCCUUCUACGACCACAUGCUGCAUGUGUGGCGCUGGGACUGGACUCCGGAUCACACUGCACUGAAAUCAGAUCUCUGUUGACCAAGCUGGAGCAUUGGCACGAUAGAAACGCCGCGUAUCAAAUAUGUACAGAGGUCUGCAUACUGCGUAGCCACCAAAGAGUCCCCGGGCAUAGCACUAAACAUGCUAAUUAGAAUGAUCCUGUAUUUUUUGUACGGACUUGAUUUUUAUAAGCUUGCAUUUCAAGAAAGCGCCGACAAUCGUUACCGUUUGUCCUGUAGCAGAACGAUCGAUGCCACCAGUCACCCUCGUAGCAGUCAAGCACCAAGAACAGUCUUACGAAAGAUGGCUCUCAAACAUCGGGGCAGUUUCCAUGCAGGAGGAGUGACUCGGUCCUCAUAGGCGAGGCAUGGAUGCUGAACUGGAUCAGUAUCUCCAUGGUAACUUCUAUUUGAGAUUGUAAAAGGUGUUCUGCUGCCCACAAUCCAAAAUGUUCUCAUCUUCACAGCUGUAAGAACCACAUUGAAGCUACUUAAAUGAUGUGAUGCUUUCAUUACACUUCCUGACCAAUAAAGCUAUGAAAAGGUAA